ACAUACGUAUCGAAGCGGCUGACAACGACUGUAGUUAAACAGCUGAUCAGAAACAAUGUGCGCAUCGGAACCGCUUAAGUGAAGAAUGGCAAACACAUUCAAACGCGCUUACGUCAUACGCUUGUGUGUAUCGGAGCGCUAUACUGUGUACUGUUCAUGCCUUCGACUGUAUUGGUCUCAUUUUGCGUCGUUGAAAUCGAUUGGGACGAUGGAGUGGCUGCAAAACGAACAGUGUACGGCAGUUGUAUGCUUCACAAACUGUGUAUUCAGCGCUCUAACGUGACGUCUAAUAUGAGUAUGUGUGAAAUUCUAAUUAAGAACAGUGUAUCCGAAUCGUAGAACCUUCAUAGCACACGUUUUCUAUUUGCCCAUACAAAUACUCUGGUGCUAUGUAAGAAAAAAAAAGCAUGACAUUUGGUUGAUGAGAAUCGAAUGACGUGCCAGUUCUGUUGUUUACGCGCUGGAAGUGUUCAGAGAAUUCGGCAAAUAAAUUGAAAAAGUGAAUUGUUUGGUGUUUUUCCUUCUGAUAACAAUUUUUUUUGAAGAAAUCGAUAAUUGGCUAUCACUGGCGACCACAACAUUGAAACGCCAACACGAACAAAAAGAGUAUUCGACUUCGGUUCAUUUUUGAUAAGCUGUACAACGAACAGAAGUGAAAAAAUACAAACUUCCACGGAAAAUUGUUGCUUUUUUCAUCAAAUAUUCAGUUAAUUUUGUGUGAUUUCAUUGUGUUCAUUGCAGUUUAUAAAUAAGUAAAGUGCUGCAGUUGUUCUAAUUGUUUGUUCGAGGUUUCAUUUGUUGAGAAGGUUCAUUCAAGGUCAAUUCGCUUUAUGCCGGCUACAAUGGGUCCAACACAUAUUAAACGAGCAACGACUGAAAAGUUGCGUGAGAUUUUCCUGAAAUAUGCCUCACAUCAGCAGAAUGGCGAAUAUUACAUGACCACUGAGGAUUUCAUUCGAGGCUAUUUGAGGCUAUUUCCAGAAGGAAAUUUCAAUAAGGAUUCAGUGAAUUUAAUGGGCAGCAUUGCCGACACAAGCAAAGAUGGAUUGAUAUCAUUUGCCGAAUUCCAAGCGUUCGAAGGAUUACUGUGCACACCAGACGCCUUGUACAAGACCGCCUUUCAGCUGUUUGACACAAAUGGCAACGGAACAGUCAACUACAAUGAAUUUUGUGAAAUUAUUAAAAAAACGGAAUUGCACGCCAAGAUUCCAUUCGAUUUUGGAUCACCGUUCGUACAAAGAUAUUUCGGAAAAGACAAGAAACGAGCAAUCAAUUAUGCCGAAUUUACGCAAUUGCUGCACGAUUUCCAUGAAGAGCACGCCAAAGAAGCAUUUAGAAGCAAAGAUCCCAAUGGCACUGGCUAUAUUUCACCGCUCGACUUCUUGGAUAUCAUGGUCAGCGUAAAGAGUCACCUGCUCACCCACGAUGUUAAAGAUAAUUUAGUUGCUGUUACCGAAGGACGUAAAGUGAGCUUUGCUUAUUUUAUGGCUUUUAAUUCAUUGUUAAACAAUAUGGAGUUAAUCAAACGAGUUUAUUUAAAUGCAACCGGCGGCAGCCGAUUAGAAACAAUCACAAAAGAUGAGCUUCUGUUGUCGGCUCAACGCAUGAGCCAAAUCACUCCACUCGAAAUCGACAUUCUGUAUCAAUUGGUUGGCGUUUUACAUCAGCCAGGGCGACUAUUGUAUAAUGAUUUGAAUAAUAUCGCGCCUGAGCAUUACACAAAAAGCAUAACAGCACGAUUGACCGACAUUCAAGCGGUUUCCAGUCCCGACGACAGAGGUGUUUUCAUUCAAGUGCUUGAGAGCGCGUACAGAUUUACUUUGGGUUCAUUUGCCGGUGCUGUUGGUGCGACGGCCGUGUAUCCAAUUGAUUUGGUUAAGACACGUAUGCAAAAUCAAAGAACGGGCUCAUAUGUCGGUGAAGUGGCUUAUCGCAAUUCCAUCGAUUGCUUCAAAAAAGUUAUCCGACACGAAGGUGUGCUUGGUUUGUACCGUGGUCUGGUGCCACAGUUAAUCGGUGUUGCCCCCGAAAAAGCUAUAAAAUUGACUGUCAACGAUCUUGUCAGAGACAAACUGACACCGCAAGACGGUCCGUUACCAUAUUAUGCCGAGUACAUUGCUGGAGCAUGCGCUGGCGCAUCCCAAGUUGUGUUCACGAAUCCGCUGGAAAUUGUAAAAAUCCGUCUACAAGUGGCCGGUGAAAUUGCUGGCGGUUCAAAAGUUCGCGCGUGGCAAGUGGUCAAGGAGCUCGGUUUGUUUGGAUUGUAUAAAGGUGCCCGGGCGUGCUUGCUGCGUGAUGUACCAUUCUCAGCUAUUUAUUUCCCUGCUUAUGCGCAUACUAAAGCUGCGUUUGCCGACGAAGAUGGUUACAAUCAUCCAUUAACUUUGCUUGCCGCCGGUGCCAUCGCAGGUAUUCCAGCCGCUUCGCUGGUAACACCGGCUGAUGUAAUCAAAACGAGAUUACAAGUGGCUGCUCGACAAGGUCAAACCACAUACACGGGAGUUAUUGAUGCAGCCGGCAAAAUCAUGCGCGAAGAAGGACCACGCGCAUUUUGGAAGGGAACCGUGGCCCGUGUAUUCCGAUCAUCACCGCAAUUUGGUGUGACAUUGGUCACUUAUGAAUUGUUGCAACGGCUAUUCUACGUUGAUUUCGGUGGCUCUCGGCCAUCCGGUUCUGACGUUAAAAAGUCAUCGUCAACACUUGACUCUGCCAAAGUUCAAGUCAACGCCCAUCAUAUCGGAGGAUAUCGUGCUGCCGUUCCAUUGAUUACCGGUAUCGAAACCAAGUUUGGAUUAAGCUUUCCCAAAUUUGCAUCAACAAUCCAAAUAAAAUCAUAAACAUGUAAAAUUCACACAGAAAAAUAAUAAAAUUGCAUUUCGUUUAUUUUUUCAUUUUAAAAAUAAUUUCGGUAAUAAAAAAAACAACUGUUUCAUUGAUAUGGCAAUCGAUUUUAUUUUCGUUGCACUGAAAUUUAAAGGCGAAAGUGGUUUCAUUUAUAUUCAAUUGAAUACGUCUGAACCUACUAUGAAGAAAUUAACAAAAUGUAUUGAUUGCGGAGGCCAAUGACCUCAAAAACUGUAAAUAACAUUUAAUGCGGUGUAAAUCUAUUUCUGACUGUAAAUUUCACAAACGAAAAGUGAAUAAAAAGGAAAUUUUUAUUUUGUUACAAUUGUGAUAAACAUUUCAUGAAAAA